GACGUCUCGCAACACAAAAAAAACGUUUCGGUUUCGUUUCGUCAGAAGCAGACGAACUGAUCUGUUGCUGUUAGACGCAGUUAAAAUAGAGCCCGUUGCGGUCGCGCCGUGUUACGAAGGAGCGAGAAUGAGCGCUCAAAUCUCCCGAAUGAUCUGCGCCCACGGCGGGGCUAUGAACUACGAUGAUGUGCUCGCUGGUGUCAGAUUUGACACUUGCGCCUUAAACGACUCUUCUGACAAUUUCCACAUUGUUGUUCUCAACGGGAGGAAGAGGAUGAUCGCCAAAACAAACGUCAGACUCUGCAAAGCGAGAAUGUGUGAUAACUGUAGUAACUUGCAUCUGUGCAAAUUCUACCUAUUUGGAGACUGCAAGAACAUUAAAGAAAGAGGGAGUUGCCGUUUCUGCCAUAACCUGAGCACGGAGCACAACAGCAGAGUGCUUCGAGAGCACAGUCUGCAGGGACUGGACCGGACCCAGCUGUGCACGUUGCUGCUUCAGAAUGACAGCACGCUUCUGCCACCUGUGUGCUUUUUGUACAACCAAGGGAGCGGGGAGUAUGGAAACUGCAAGCAACAGGAUAGCUGUACAAAGCUCCACAUCUGUCAGAAGUAUGUCAAGGGCACCUGCAGCUCUGGGGUGGAAUGCUCCAGGUCACAUGACUUCUACGAGCCCCACCCACUGAAGACCCUUCAGGGGAGAGGAAUACCCCCUCACCUCAUCGCUUUCAUGCUGUCUGUCUACCAGAACAUACAAGCCUUGAAAAUUGCUAAUAAUCCAAAAAAGGGUCGUGACCCCAGUCCAGAGAAAACUGACAUUUGCGUCUACUUUGUGAAAGGCAGCUGCAAAUUUGGAGACAAGUGCAGAAGACUUCAUUUCAACAUGCCGUACAAAUGGGAAGUAAAGACUCCUCAAGGCUGGUCUACUCUGUCGGACAACGAGGAGGUUGAGAAAGAUUUCUGUAACCCAUGCAAAACAUACAGUCGGGGGAUUGAGCCUGUGUGCUUUGACACGAUGACGCGAGGACUGUCCAAAGUAAGGCGUCUGUCUACUGUGUCCUCUGUGCUGCAACCCACCCUCUUUCUUACUACCAAAUGGGCCUGGUACUGGGAGGACGAGUAUGGGAACUGGGUCCAGUAUGCAUCGUCGAAUGGGGGGUACAAACCUGCAUCGAUCACUAGUGAAGUUCUAGAACAGGAGUAUCUGAAGGACAGCGCUACUGUUGUGGAGUUUACUGCAGGCUCGCAGUCAUAUCAACUUAAUUUCCAAGACAUGAUCCAGAAAAACAAACAAUAUGGCACCAAAAAACUGGUCCAAAGGCGACCUGUUUUUAUGUCUUCUACGGACAUACAGAAAAUCAAAACAAGCAAAACAGUGCACAGGCAACCCAAUUCCAAAGCCUUACCAGCGCACUGGGAUAAGUCCCAGGUCACAGACACAGGAUACAAGAAAAUCACUCUGCUCCCUUCCUGGAGUGAGUACAAGGAAAUCCUGGCUCUCUUCAGGAAAACCAUGUUGGGCUUCAGCAUACGUCAAAUUGAAAGGAUUCAGAACAAGGCCUUAUGGGAAGUUUUCCAGUGGCAGAAAGAACUGAUGAAAAAAAACAAUGGCGGAAGAGAUUGUGAGAAACUCCUUUUCCACGGAACCGACUCCAAACACGUGGAUGCCAUCUGCCAGCAGAACUUCGACUGGAGGAUCUGCGGGACACACGGGACGGCCUACGGCAAAGGUAGCUACUUUGCCCGGGAUGCAAAAUAUUCACAUGGUUACACCAAGUCCUCAGGAAACAGGACGAUGUUUGUGUGCCGCGUGCUGGUGGGGGAGUACACCGAGGGGGACUCCAGCUACCUUCGGCCGCCCUCGAAAGACGGCGGCGACGUCCAUUUCUACGACAGCUGCGUGGAUGACAUCUACAAUCCCUCCAUCUACGUGGUGUUCGAGAAACACCAGGUGUACCCUGAAUACCUCAUCCAGUACUAUGAGGACAUGUGUCAUCCACAUGGUGCCUAUAAUAACUACUCAAAUGUACCACUGAGGCCAAGAGCAGCUCCGCAGCCAGCCCCCAGUGCAGCACAUUAUCCUUCAUACUCAAGCAUAAACUCAAGUGCCAGUAUAAGUUCCUCUGACUCAAACAGCUCCUGUGUCAUCAGUUGAUUCUUCUGUUUGUGCAGACUUACUAAAAUCUAAUGGCAAUGAGGGUUUAAGCUGCAUGUGUAGCAGAAAGGCUGGAUCUAACCAAUUCACUACAGGAAAUCCUGUGUAUGUCUAAUUAUUUGCAUUUUUUUAACUUCUACUUUAAGUAAUCGGUUUGGUGGUAUUUUAAAGAUUUCAUAUGUCGUGAUCUUCAAAAAUCUGUGCAUCCCAGACGCUAGAUGUCUAGCAAACAUGUGCCUUACAGAUAUCCACAAACCAACAGGUGAAAAACUGCAAAAAUAGACACUAAUCCAUAUGAACUGCUGUUAUAGCUGCUGGAAUUUAUUAAACUAUGUUUCUUUAUAAAAAUAAUUUUGGCUUGCAGGUAAAAUAACAUGUCGCAAUGGAAUUAUAUCCCUUUUCACCAAAACUGUACCUUUGGAAUGUUACGAAUCUUACUUUUUAGAAUAGAAUUUGUUUUAUUUCCAUGUUAAUAUGGUUUAGGAAGUACAACGUCGUGUUUAUGAAAUGGGAGGAGACCUUAAUCAUGUCAGCGCUGCUAAAUGGCACUAAAUUAACCAAAAUGUCUGUUUUACUAUGGUGCACAUAAAUUUAUAUUUGACCUUCAUCAAGAAAAUUGGGUGGAGCUAAGUUUACAGCUGUUGUUUUGCAUCAUCCCUAGAUAACAUCUUUUGGGUUUAUUCCUGAAGAUAUUUGUUAUUUUGAUUUAUUCUGGAAUAUAUGGAGAAAGUUAAGGUAAAAUAUACAUUUAUACUUAUCAAUUUGCAUGAACAUUUAUGUAAUUCAGGGCAGUGAGAUGAGGUGGUACCAAACUGUGUUGUUGCACAUUUUGAUUAUUUUUACAGUGCUUUCAGAUUUCUUUGAUGGAAAAUGUAACUGUGGUGAAUAAGAAUUGAAUAUACAUUUUUCUUUGCUGGGAACCCCUAAAAUAAUCAACCUAUACGACUGGAGGAUAUUGCACUCCAGAGUAUAUCUUAAGCUAGGAUUAAUCGAAAUGCAGAUUUACUGUAAAAGAAGUCCAACAUCUUCACCUUCAACAGUGUUUCUACGGAGUGAGACAUUACCAGUGUCCUACCAGACACAAGCUACCAAAUCCUGCGUGGUUCAGUCAUUAAGGCUAAAAAUGAGUUGGAACCAAAUUUCUGGAAGGAAAUUUGUUCUGUUUAUCAAAUCAUGUCUAGGCCAUUUUAUGUCAUUUUUUUAAACAACAAUGGUUGUUUAAAAAAAUGGUUACAUAUUUGUCCUAAAGGGUAUUAUAUUUUCCUUAUUAGCGUUGAUUGUGUUUCCUGUAGGAUAAAUAAAGCAUAUAACUUAAAGUAA